CAAAGCUUGUUCUGCACGUGUUGAAAAUAUGGUGCGAUAUAAAUCGAGAUACUUACUUUGCGAGGUGUGUGCCUCUGAGCGGAGCAGUUUGCAGAUGUUAGACGAGAGAGGCAUUUACCAAACAAUCCGAGCAGCCGUGAACCAAGCUCAUGGGGACUACGGAUCAGCUCUGGUCAACCUGGCAGUGUCAGUGAAAUACCUGAAUGCCCUCACUGGAAUGGUUCUUAUACGCUGCAGGAAAGCACACUAUCAGCUCAUCUGGUCUGCCCUACCUUUCAUCACCUACAUUGAGAACAGAGGUCAGAAGGUGCAGUGCUUCCUCAACUGCUUACAUGUAGGAGGAACAAUUAGAACAUGUCAGAAGUUUCUUGCUCGGUACAACAGACAACAGCUCCACAGAAUGCUGCUAGACUGCAAAACAAAUGAUGAAAGACAAGAGAUUAGAAGAGCUAUCCUGAGUUGUUCCCUGGGUAAUGUCAGUGGGGAGAAAGCUGAUGAAGAAGGGAGUGAUGAUGAUGAUGAUGAUGAUGAUGACGAAGAGACCUAAACACCCUCAUAUCAAACUUUGUACCUGAUUUGUAGAUGAAGAUGGUGACAUCUUGGAUUCUUUAAAUUAUUUUCUUAUCAUAUAGAGAUUAGUUAGAUCACAUAAAAAGAUCAGUGAUCUUUUUAUGUUACAUUAUUGGACAUUAAAGGGAUUGUUCACCAAACAAUGAAAAUUAUAUCAUCAUUUACUCACCCCCAUGUUGUUCCAACCCCUUGUAAUGUUUAUUUUUCUGUAACAGGCAAAACAUGUUUGGCAGAAUGUCACUCUACAGUAUUAUUUUAAGGAAGAAAGUCAAGCAGGCUUUGAAAGUACAUGUUAAAACAACAUAUAUUUUUAGGUGAACUGUCCCUUUAAGGAAAUUGUUAACAUGGAGUCUGGAUCAUAAAAUAAACUUGUAUAGUAUUUAUUUUCUGAAUAUUCUUCAGCACUGUAUUUUUUUUAAAUGUAGUAUAUUGUGAUACAUUACUGUUUUUUUUUCUUUCACUUUUGCACUGAGUAAAUCCAUGACUGCUUCUACCAAUUCGCCUAAAAAUAAAACACGUGUGAGAAAUUACUGCUAGUAUAUACCCUGAAAAGUUGAACAGGUCAUGUUUAUAUCACGACAGUGUUUUAUUGUUUGAAAGAUUUUGUACUAAAUAAAACCAUUGCUGCUUGUAGCACGGCCAAUAAA